AUGAAGAGAAAAUCUGUAUUUAUAAAAAAAAAUGUAAUAAAGUCUCAAAAUACUUUGGAUAAAUUUGGUAUUUUUAAAAAGGUGAAUGCAGUAAAAAAUGAAAAUGACGAAAGUGUAGGGAAAGUAAAGAAGAAAAAUGUAGAAGAGGCAAAAAUGAAUAACAUCGCAACAGUUAGGAUAAAAAAAGAAAUAUCAGAAGAAGACGAUAAUGAAAAUAUAAAUAAUAAUGUUAUUAAGAAUGAGAAUAAUGAUAUCGAAAGUCAAUCAAUUAGAGUUAAGGUAAAAUAUGAAGAUAAGGUUACAAAAGAAAAAGUUGAUGAUCGAGAUAUUAUAGUUAAUGAAAAUAAAGAUACUAAACGUGAAAAGGGAAAAGUAGAUGAUUGGGAUGUAAACAAAGAUAAGGAAAAAAAUACUGUUAAGAAAAAUGAAAACCAUAUAAAUGAAAAUAUUAUGCCAUUACAUAAAAUAUAUGAACCAAUAUAUAAAGAAGAUUAUAUAAAUGAAAUAAGAAGUAAAAGAAAUCCAUUAUUAACAAAAGUGUUAGAGGAAGACUUAAAUUUUAAUUUGAUUUUAUGUGGACCUGCUGGUUCUGGAAAAUCAUCCUUAGUAAAUGUUAUCAAAAAUAAAACUAGUAAUUUAUUUAUAUCGCUAUUUCAUUUAAAUAAUUUAAAUAAUGAAUUAAGAAAAAUAUAUGAUCAGUCUAUAAUAAAUUAUAAGUUAUCAAAAAGGAAAACUAUUUUAUGUAUAAAAGAUAUUAAUAGAUUAAAUAAAAAUCAACAAGAAAAUGUAUUAUUAAUUUUAAAAAAAGGGUAUUUUUACCUACUGGCAACUUGUUUAUUCAAUCCAAUGAAUAUUUUAAAUGCAUCUAUAAGUUCGCGAUGUUUAUAUUUAUACCUGAACCCGUAUGAUAAAAUAGAAUUAGCCUUAAUUAUAAAAAGAGUCAUAAAUAAAUUAAACGUAGAUAUAGAAAACAGUGCUUUAAACAUCAUUAUUAAUCAUUCCUGUGGGGACGCACGUGUAGCGAUAAAUAUCAUCGAUUUUGCUAUACAGAAUAUGAAGCGUGAAGAAUUAAAGGAGAAAGAAAAAGAAAAGGAAAUGGAAAGAGGAAAAGAAAUAGAAAAAGGAAAGGAAGUAGAAAAAGAAGUAGGAAAAGAUGUAGGAAAAGAAGUAGGAAAAGAUGUAGGAAAAGAAGUAGGAAAAGAUGUAGGAAAAGAAGUAGGAAAAAUGGAAAAAGACAUUGGAAAAUAUAUGGAAAAAAUACUCAAUUCACAAGAACCUGAGGAAGAAAUAAAAAAAAAUGAUAUAAUAAAAAAACAGAUAAAAUUAAGGGAUUACAAUGAAACAUUACAUAAUUCUACAGACUCUCAAAGUAGCAAGAAAGUCAUACAAUUAAAAAAUAUAAAAAAUUUUUUACAGAAUUUUCCAUCAAAUGAUAACAAGUUAGAUCAUUACAAUUUUAUUUCAGGUUUACAUAAAAGUAUAAGAGCAGGAAAUAUAAAAGCUGCUAUUUUAUAUUUAACCAAAUCGCUAAAAAAUGGGGAAGAUCCUUUAUAUAUAUGUAGAAGAUUAAUUAGAAUAGCUUCAGAAGAUAUUGGUUUGGCUAACCAUGAUGUUUUAUCUAUAUGUAUUAAUACUCAUUAUGCAUGUAAGGCUAUAGGGAUGCCUGAAUGUCAGACAGCAUUAAUAUAUGCUGUUAUUGUUUUGUGUAAAUCUUCAAAGAGUAAUUAUAUUUACGUUGUUGAAAAUAACGCCAAACAAAUAUGUAAUGAAUAUAGUUUCGAUGUCCCAUUUCAUUUAAGAAACACAUCAAACAAAUAUAUCUACACAAAUCAGCCUGAAAUUUUAACCUUCGAGGAGCACUUAAAUAAAUACAAGGACGUUCAAAAGUAUUUGCCUGACUAUAUAGAAAACCUGGAACUUUUGCCUGAACUGUGA